CCGGGGGAGGGGGCUGCCCGCCAUGACGUCGUCGUACCGUCAGGAGCUGGAGAAAUAUCGUGACAUCGACGAGGAUGAGAUCCUGAGGGGCCUCAGCCCCGAGGAGCUGGAGCAGCUGGACUGCGAACUGCAGGAGAUGGAUCCCGAGAACAUGCUGCUGCCCGCGGGGCUGCGACAACGCGACCAGACGAAGAAGAGCCCGACGGGCCCGCUGGACCGAGACGCGCUGAUGCAGUACCUGGAGCGGCAGGCCCUCGAGUUCAAGGAGCGCGACGACCUGGUGCCCUUCACCGGAGAGAAGAAAGGGAAGCCAUACUUGCAGCCCAAGCGGGAGAUCCCGGCCGAGGAGCAGAUCACGCUGGAGCCGGAGCUGGAGGCCGCGCUGGCUCAGGCCACCGACGCCGAGAUGUGUGACAUCGCAGCCAUCCUGGGCAUGUACACGCUCAUGAGCAACAAGCAAUACUACGAUGCCAUCUGCAGCGGCGAGAUUUGCAACACAGAGGGGAUCAGCAGCGUGGUGCAGCCGGACAAGUACAAGCCGGUGCCCGACGAGCCCCCCAACCCCACGGACCUCGGGGAGACCCUGCGGCGGGUGCGCAGCGACGACCGCGACCUGGAAGACGUCAACCUGAAUAACAUGCAGGACGUCGGGAUCACGGCGCUGACCGAACUGUGCCAGGCCCUCAAGGCCAACACCCACGUGCUAAAGCUGAGCCUCGUGGCCACCCGCAGCAACGAUCCGGUCGCCAACGCGGUGGCGGAGAUGCUGCGGGAGAACCAGACACUGCAGAGCCUCAACCUGGAGUCCAACUUCAUCAGCAGCGCGGGGCUCAUGGCGGUGCUGCGGGCCGUGCGCGCCCACCCCUCCCUGGCCGAGCUCCGCCUCGACAACCAGAGGCAGUGGCCGGGGGACUCGGUGGAGAUGGAGAUGGCGGCCAUGCUGGAGCAGUGUCCGGCCAUCGUGCGCUUCGGCUACCACUUCACGCAGCAGGGCCCGAGGGCCCGGGCGGCCAACGCCAUCACGCGGAACAACGAGCUGCGCCGCAAGCAGAAGAAGACUUAAGGAGGGCGGUGCCCCCCACGUCCCUGCCUCAAGGAUUCCCGUGCCCCCGGGAGUCCUCUGCCCCCAGGAGGAGUCGUCCUCGUCCUCGCUGCCCCCGUCCUGUAAAUAAAAGUCCCUCCCAA